UGUGAUCACCUUCAAAAUCAAAAACUCUGAGCUCAUAAAUUCACUCUUCAAUCCAUUACCUUCUUAAUCACCACCACCACUCUCCCUUCAUCCUCUCUCUCUCUCUCUCUCUCUGCUCAAAACCAAAACUUUCCAAAAAUAGCAAUGACAACUUCAUUGCCCAUUCUUAAUUUUCUUCCUGUUGGAUUCAGAUUUAGACCAACAGAUGAAGAGCUUGUUAACCACUACCUCAAAAACAAAUUACUUGGUAAUGAUUACAUUGUAAACAAUGUUUUAGCAGAAGUUGAUGUUUGCAAGUUUGAACCUUGUGAAUUACCAGCUGUUUCAGUGAUAAAAUCAGUUGACCCAGAAUGGUUUUUCUUGUCUCCUUGUGAUUACAAGUAUGCUAAGAGUAAAAGGUUUAACAGGGCAACAAAGUUUGGAUUUUGGAAAGCUACUGGAAAUGAUCGUAAGAUUAAGAUUAGGGGUACUAAUAAGAUUAUUGGGAUUAAGAAAACUCUUGUUUACUAUCAUGGUCGUAUUCCUGGUGUUAAGAGCAAUUGGGUUAUUCAUGAGUAUCAUGAUGUUACCUUGGAAGAAAACAAGAGGAAUUUUGUUUUAUGUCGCUUGAUGAGGAAAGCCGAGACAAAAGCUGAAGAGGAAGCUGAUAUAAUGAUAUAUGAUGAAGGGGAAGGGAAGCCAAGUAGAAACUUGAGUUCUUCUGACCAUGAAAAUCAAGAAACUGUUGAAGGAAUUCCAGAUGUAAUAAGUGGUACUUUGCAAGAAAUAAAUAUGCAGUCAAUAUUUCAGGCACCUUAUCAGGCAGAAAAUUACUACCCUUUCUCAACACAACAGUCUUCUAUCUCUGAAAAUGAGCCGGAAGUAUUGAUCCCAAACUUGCAACUUCACAAUGCCUAUUUUAGAAAUGUAAACACGGUUGAUCAAAGUCCGUUUAAAACUCCGGAAGAGGAAGAUACAUUCGUCAAUUCGAUGCUUACUGACGGGGAGUAUAUUGCUAGUGAAAAAAGAAAACAUACUUUUAUCAACAGUCCGGUCCGGUCCGAGUCAUUGAGAAUGGCUUACUAUGAAAGCAGUGACACAGACGCCGAAGUAGUCUCUACGCCGUAUGGCAGUAUUAUGGAUACUUCAAUGGCGUCUCUUCAAUAUCUUAGUCCAGGAGAAUACUAUGCAUCGAAAAUGUUGAAAUCAACGCAUUUUAAUGUUUAUGGAAGCACAUAUUUUCCAUCUUUUAACAAUGGUGAAAACGACAACAAAAUGGAGAAUACAUUCCAAGAUGAUUUCGGCGGAGUGGCGGCAUCGUCUUGUGACUCAACUGCAAAUAAAUCUUAAUAUUUUGGUUUGAGCCUAACUCAACUCUAUAAAUUUGGGCUUGUAAAGUGAAGAUUGCCCUCAGCCCCUCACUUAUAAACAUAUAUGACGCCCAUAUAUACUUGUCUAUGAAGUGUUAGCUUAGUUGUAACUUAAACAUAUAUGAACGGUAUUCAAUAAAAAUCCAUAAACCGUUAAUCUUGAUGGGUCUCAAUAAACCGUACUUGUGUAGGAUGAUUACAAAUUGCUUUUUGUAUGAUCAGAAAAUUUAGAAAAUUGCUUCAAGAGAAAAUUUAGAAACCAGAAGCUAUCGUAAUGAAAUAUUCUCAUUGUUUCUAGCUUUUUCCAUAGCCAAUAAUUUUGCAACUGCACUAUU